GCGCGCGUGUGUGUAUACUGUCUCAGUUAUAACGACAGGGCCCCAGGUCAGCGAGAUAUUGUUAUUUUCAAGUAGCAACGCUUUCUACCACUCGACGGGGUUCAAAGGUGAAGCAAACAUGACCUUUUAACAAGACGUGUGACCAAUGGUAAUAAUUAGCUACGUGUACGUGCGAGUCAGCACGUCAGCAGAACAUACUGCCUCAGCGCGAAAUCAGGUCAACGUUGCAGAAUUUUCUCCCUUGCAUGACAUAUCUUUUCCGACAAAACAUUUGAAAACUAUAGAUGUCAUCCUUAUAUACGUGAACACGUAAUAAAACUUUUUUUACCGAAGUGCUAGGCACAUUACGUUCCGGAUUUUAUUUCGCGCAGGCGUAGUACGUUCUGCUGGUGUGUUGUACCAGUCAUCGUUGGCAUGGCAUCACGUGACAUUCUCAUCCGCCAAUGAGGACUGCCUGAUUCCAAGACGUCAUGGAAUGUAUCUCCCUAGCACUAGCACGUCAGUAGAACGUACUGAGUGAAAUCACUGUUUCUGUUGCAUGUUUGCAUAUCUUUUUCCGACACAAUAUUUGAAAAAGAUGCCAUUCUUAAUUUAAAUAUGCGAACAAUAAUUUAAACGACACGUUCUGUAAAAGUACUAUGCACGUUACUUUCUGGGUUAAGCGCAGGCGCAGUACGUUCUGCCGACGUGCUACCAGCACUUGUCUUUAUAUUUACACUAGCCUGUUCCAAAGUCUAGGAUGUAGUAAUGUGUGGGAGGUAGCUUAUGAACGUGUUUAUUUCAUUCGUUGCCACAAUAUGGAGACCUUUACUGCUUUACUACUACUACUUUACUCUAUAACAAUGAAAAAUAUACCACUGACAAUAAACUUUUGUAAUAUUUCCUUGCCUCUUCACCAGCAUUAACUGUCUGUGGACCAGAUGACAGCUAGAGUGAAAGCGGAGGCUGUGAGAGGCGGCGCCCGUCGUCAUGUCGCAAAAAUGGGUGUGGGGCCACCCAAUCCUGAAGCUUGCUUGAAUAGGCAUGAUGGGAAUAGAUCUGUCUAGCUAGUUAGGUCCUUUUUGCACCAGACGUCUGUGGAAUUUACCUAACAGAUCACGACGGAUUGAAUUCCGUUUUAAAGUAGUAUCAAAAGACCAUAUCCGGAAUAAUGAGUGAGCUUACGCUAGAAGAUCGUGAGGCUUUGGUGAUUUUUGCUGAUGUUUUUGGCGUAAAUGAAGGGACGGUGAGUGAGGGUCCAGAUGCUUUUCUUCUUGCACUCUGGGAGAGAGUGAGAGGGAUACUAGGCGAUGGGCCGAAUGAGUAUAUGGAUUGGAUCAAGGAUGCACUCUCACAAGUGAUACCCGGGGCUGCGCCCUUAGCAGAGACGAGGUUCUUAAAUUUAGAAGUGGUUGAAGAAUUUACUGAAUUGGACAAGAUGUUUGAAAGUGGGUUGCAUCUUGUUGCCGUAAAGAAUGGAUACGGACGCAAGUUGAUUGAAGCUAUAAGUAGAAAAGACUGGGUCUUUGAGCGUGAGGCAUUGAAAGGUCUUGGGGAUGUGUACUUAGAAGAAGCAAAGAUGAAUAGGAAUAAGUUAGAUAACUUCAACAAGGCAUGUGCAUUUUAUAAUGAACUCUUACGAUGGUGUCAAAGUCAAGAGGAGAGAGAGGUUGCUUUACAUCGCAUCAAGUAUGCCGAGAAAUGUACGAAACUAGUCCACAGUCAGAUGUGUAAGAAAGAGACCCAAAUAGCCGAACCUACAUUCUUUGCAUCGGUGUCACUUUUCAUAGUAGAAGUGAUCGUGGAGAAGAUGAAAGGAAAGGGUGGAAUGGACUUAGUUGGAGGGUAUACAGGGUCCUUUGUUAGAGCAGUCAUAGUUGGAAAUAAGCGCCUGCAAGCAGAAUCUUUGAAGAGCCUCGGUGAUCUGUACUUUGAGAAGGGAAGAAAUGGCAAGGACCACACGACAUUGAGCAAAGCACAUGGUCUUUAUGGAGGAGCCUUGAAACGAUGCGACGAUUCAGAUGGCAGAGAAACACUGAAGCACCGCAUGAGAUACACAGAGAAAUUCCAAAGAAAGUUGGAAAAGGAGCACAAAGAGUUGGAUGAAGCUGGAAAAGCUACGCAUGAUGACAACCUCGAGUCUUUAGCUACCGCUUCACAUCAAACAGAUAGUGACAUCGCGGGCCAUGACCAGAGGGAAAGAGGAGGAAUGAAUGCAGAACAGGGCAACUGUAUCGAAGAAAGUAUAAGCACCAAACGACAGGAAGAAAUCAACAUAUUAGAAACCAACAGUACAUACAAUAGACACCUUCAGGAGGGUUGCAGGGCCCUGCAGGAAGGAGACCUGGAUCAAGCGGAACAAAGCUUUGCAGCUGCGCUCAAGUCUGUUCAUGUGAAGGAAUUGAACACAGAUGAAAAUUGGAAAGAGGCAGAGCCCCUGCACAAGUUGAGCGAUGUCUACCUGAAGAGAGGAAUGCAGUCAAAAGACGGGGGAGAUUUCACCAAGGCCGCAGCGCUUUGUCAUGCAGCACUUGCUAGAUCGGCUAAAUUAAAGAAAGUAGACAAAGAGGGAAUCAAACACACAAUCCUAGAAAUAACCAAAUCAUUUCUUAAGGGAGUGCUGAAUAUCGGGCAGGCAGUGGACAUCGAUGACGCAGAGAAACACAAAUCGAUGUUGACAGAAGAUCGGGACUUUGUCGAAAAAGAAAUGAAACGAAUCGAGCUAGAGGUGGACCCGUACAGUCUUGAAAAAGAUGACCCAAAGUUACGAGAAACAGAGAAAGCCAGAGUGAAAGCAAUCCAAGCAUUGUUUCAGACAAUAGCCCAACAGCGAAAAAUGUUCAUAACGUCUCUUGUAGAUGAGUGUAUAGAGGCAAUGGGUCCCCCUCCCUGUAAGUACGCCAUGGUAGGCCUGGGUUCACAAGCCACAGGGUUAGUAACCCCGUACUCUGAUGUAGAGUUCGCCAUUUUAAUUGAGAAGGAAACGGACAACAAUAUCGAGUAUUUCCGUAACCUCACUCAUUACCUGCAUCUCAAAGUGAUCAAUCUUGGAGAAACCAUUCUCCCGGCCAUGGCCAUUCAGUCCCUGAACGAUUUCCACUCUGACGACCCACUUGACGACUGGUACUAUGACUCCGUAACGCCCCAUGGGUUUUCGUUCGACGGAGCCAUGCCAAAAGCAUGUAAGACUCCACUUGGCAGAGGCAAGGCGUGCGAACUCAUCCGCACACCGGCCAAGAUGACUGAAGUUCUGACCAAGGACAUAACGACAUAUCUAAAGGAAGGCUACCAUCUUGCUACUGUAUUGGGAAAUGUGUGUUUGAUCACGGGUGAACAGGACUUGGUCGAUGAGUAUACCGCUUUAUGGUCACAGGCGCUACAAGGAAAUGAUGGGAAAGUUUCCUUGUUGAAGGCUACAAUGGAAGAGAAUGCUACAAAGUUUUCAAUGCAAGUCCCAAGUGACCAGCUGUUGAAUGUAAAGAAAGAAAUCUAUCGAUUUUCAAGUCUCGCGGUGUACUGUUUGGCACUAUUUCAUGACAUACAGUUGACCACAAUCUGGGACACCGUAGAGCAGCUACACAGACACGGGGUUGUCGAUAGCGAGAAUGCACAUCACCUGAUGGUGAUGGUCAGUAUCUCAGCAGAACUGAGACUACGGACCUACAUGAACAACCGUGGUCAAGUGGAAAACAUGUCAGCUUUAUCGUCAAUGGCAACAGACGCAGACUUUGAGGAGACAUUGAGAGUGUUCUAUUUCUCAAAUAGAAAACAGCUCAUGAGAUACUAUUACACAGCAAAACCUUUUCAGGACUUUAUUGCACAACUAGGCAACAGUCAGCCACCUAAAGAGAUGCCGAAUCUAUUCGACAAUUCAUUUAAAAUGAGAGCAAAAAUUUUCAAAAAUCUGUGUGCUUACAAAGAAUCAAAGGAUUGCAUGGUACUGGCACUUGACGAGAUUUUGUCAGGGACAGAUGUUGCACAUGCCGCGGAUGAUGAAAUCAAUGACACCGCACCGGAAGUCGCCAAUUUAAUGAACACGUUGGGUAUCGCCUUUCAAGAUCUUGGUGAUCACAGAAAGGCUGCCGUCUAUUUUGAAGGGUCGCUAAAUCUGGACAGGAAAUUGAGCGAACUCUUAGGUUGGAGCUCUGAAGGAUCCAAAAGAUUAAUUGCUACGGGACUCCAUAACUUAGCUCUCGCCGUGAUGGACCUUCGUGAGUAUGCAAAAGCCGUGAACUAUCUUGAGGAGUCACUAGAAAUGAGGCAAAGUGUCUAUGGCACAAUUGCACAUCAUGACAUUGCUUUGUCACUUCACAACUUGGGUAUCGCCUGGGCGAAACUUGGUGAUUACAGAAAGGCCAUCAGCUAUUUCGAACAGGCAUUACAGAUGAGGGAAAGUAUCUAUCAGACCAAAGAACACCCUAGCAUCACUCGUUCAUACGACAGAUUGGGUUCCACCUAUCGCAAACUAGGUGAUCACAGACAGGCUAUCAACUACCAUGAAAAGUCCCUGAAGAUGAAGCGGAUCAUCUAUGGUCAGGCCACCGUGCAUCCUGACAUUGCAGAGUCAAUUGACUCCUUGGGUCAUGUUUGUAGUGACCUUGGUGAUCACAGAAAGGCCAUCAGCUACUAUCAACUAGCUCUUCAGAUGGAGCGGAGAAUCUAUGGGGAGGAUGCCGCACAUCCUGCCAUGGCCAAUUUACUUAACAACUUGGGUUACGCCUGGGUUGCCCUUGGUGAUCACAGGGAGGCGCUCAGCUAUUUUGAACAAUCACUGCAGAUGUGGCGUAGUUUCCACGGUGAGACCACUGUACAUCAUGACCUUGUAGUUGCAUUAGACAACCUGGGUACCAUGUGGCGCAAACUUGGUGAUGACAGUAAGGCCUGCGGGUAUUUUGUAGAAUCUAUGCGCAUGAAGCGGAGCAUCUAUGGCGAGACCUUCGGAAAUCAGCUGGCAUCGGCUUUCAUGAAAUUUUUCAAAAUGUAGAGUGUAAUGCGGGAUCAAAAACAAUCCGUUGACUGUUGACAACAGUCAAAAUGUGUAAAUCACCGUGUCAUGCAUAGAACACUGCGCGCUUUGACACUGCAGCGACACUUAAAUAUCUUGAACAACGCCCAGAAGGAACUUCGGUUAUCAACUAAGGGAACGUCAUUGACUUCAGUCACUGUAGGUGAGGAAACGUAUCUGCGGUUAAAACACUGAAUACCACUUAACAACUUGGGUUUUAGCUCGAGUGGCCUGGAACACUACAGAGAAAUAUUUGGCCUGUAGACAUACGAGCACUCGAGCAAAUGUCAUGAACUCAUAGCACCUUAUCCGGAUCCCGAAA